AUGAACCUUCCACCUCAUAUCAUAUACCAAAUGGAAGAGUUUAGCACUGUUAUAUUUGAUAGGAUUCAAAGUCUGGUUGUUGAGAGACUCAUUGCAUCUGAUCACAUAGCUUAUGGAUAUAAAUGGGACACUCUCAGGACCUUUGUGGAUAUAAAGCUACGGGUGCACCUUAAGAAUGUUGCUACUUCUAAAGUAGAGAUGGGUACUCAUAUUCAAUCAGUGGUUCCUAAGAAAGAAGAGAUAUAUGUUCAGAUGAAGACAUUGGAUGCUAAGCAAGAUGAAAUGGGUUCUGAUCUUAAAGCUAUCCUGGAGAAUCUUAAGCAAAAAUUGUAG